CGAGCUCUACAGUUCCCUCCAGUCUCGCUCGCGCGUCUUUUGUCUCCUCACUCGCUUUUGUUUAGCCAUGCCUAGCCUGCUGCUCCUAGCAGGGAUCAUGGAGAAGAACGGGGGCUACGGCGGGGACCUAGCCGCCUCGGGCUUCGGCGCCGAGGGCCUCCUCGCCCCGCCGCCGGACGACGACGAGGACGAGUCACGGGCGCUCCGCGUGGCUCUGGGCCAGCUCUCCCUGCUCGGGCUCGGAGAAGCCGAGGAGGGCGGCGGGGUGGUGGUUCAGGAGCGCGGCGGCGUUGCUGGUGGGGGAAGCAGCGGCAGCAGCGGAGGCAGCAACAACAACAACAACGGUGGCAGCGUGCACCAGCCCGGGCACGGCGGCGGAGGCGCCGGGGGAGGCGGUGGAGGUGGAGGAGACGCGGGCGGCAUCCUGCAGGGCAAGAGCAAGUUGUGCGCGCUGUACGACGGCUCGGCAGGCGAGACUAAGGCGCGGGGCUGCAACAUCACUGAGUGCGUCCCUGUGCCAAGCUCCGAGCAUGUGGCCGAGAUAGUGGGGAGGCAAGGUUGCAAAAUCAAAGCCUUGAGGGCCAAGACCAACACCUAUAUCAAGACCCCAGUCCGGGGCGAAGAGCCAGUCUUUCUCAUCACCGGGCGAAAGGAAGACGUGGCGUUGGCUAGGCGUGAGAUCAUCUCUGCAGCAGAGCACUUCUCCAUGCUGAGGGCAUCCAGGAACAAGCUGGGCGUCUCCUUCAACGGCUCCCCUCCAACUCCGCUGCCUGGCCAGACCACCAUCCAGGUGCGGGUGCCCUACCGAGUGGUGGGUCUGGUGGUGGGACCCAAAGGCUCCACCAUCAAGCGCAUCCAGCAGCAGACGUGCACCUACAUCGUCACGCCCAGCAGGGACCGCGACCCCGUCUUCGAGAUCACCGGUUCUCCAGGGAACGCAGAGCGGGCGCGCGAGGAGAUCGAGGCGCACAUCGCCUUCCGCACAGGCGGCCUUCACGACCACAACAACGAGAACGACUGCCUGGGCCCCGAGAGCAGCAACGGGGGUCUGGAGAGCCGCCUGCAGCAGGUGUGGGGGCUGCAGGGGGGCCAGCGCAAGCCGCUCACCAGCAGCUACCGCCAGAAUUUCUCAGACGCCAUGGUUGGAAGUAGUGGGGGCGGAGGAGGAGGGGGCGGAGGGAUUUACAGUAAGGGUGAUUUCCCCAAUCCCAGUAACGGGGACAAGCCGUGCUCUUAUUUCGGUUCGGAGGGCUCCCAGAGCUGGGGUGACCCCGACUAUCCCAAACAGGUGGCCUACUACGUCCAGCAGCGCUCCAAAAGCUUCGGAGGCCUGCCCCUCCCUCUGACCAGACUGUCACCCAGCCUUCCGGAGCCCUGCGGAACCGGCGGCGGCUCUACCAGCGUCGGGUCUCCCCACGCCCAGGCGCGCCGCGCCCACAGCGAGCCCACUUCCGCCUCCACGCCGUUCGCUGGCCGCCUCCCAGUGCCGGACUCGCCACCUGCCGUGGCCCGGGACUGCAUGACCUGCUUUGAGAGCAAGGUGACAGCCGCUCUGGUCCCCUGUGGCCACAACCUCUUCUGCAUGGAGUGCGCCAUUCGAAUCUGUGAGCUAAACCAUCCUGAAUGCCCUGUUUGCCACACCCUCGUCACACAGGCCAUCCGAAUCUUCUCCUAAAAGCUCUUUUUUUUCUCCUUUUUCUUUUUUCUGGUGCAUUCAUUUGACUAUCUUAUUUUUAUUUUCCUUUACCUCUAUUGUUUUAGUGUUCGUUUGUCAGUAUUUGCCCCUUGUACACCUUGCUUUUUUUUCAGAAAACGAGAAAAAAAAAUCAAAACAAGCAGAUAUUUUAGAAGACACUGCUUGCUUUACUAAAAAGAGUAAGAAGUAUUUUCAGAUUUUUCUUUUAUAUGUACACAUAUAUACAUAUAUAUAUUUUAUAAAGGUUUUGUUAAAAUGGGGGAAAAGUUAGCGCUUAGUGUUUUUUUUGUUUUUGUUAAUUUAAUUUUAAUUUUAUACUGCUGCUGUUUUUCCACACGGAUUGCAGUGUGGACGGAAACAGAGGAAAUAAUGUGAACAUUUUACACUUUUGCUUUACUUUGUAAGUUUAUUACCAUUAUUAUUAUUAUAUAAAUUAUUAUUAAUUUGUAAGAUUGGAAAGAAUAUAGUUUUACAUCCCAGCAUUUUCUGCAAAGGGGCAAAUAUGCUUUUUAAAGGAAGAUAUUGACUGAAUCUUACGUCUAUUGUUGCACCUUAAAAUUGAUAGCUUGAUUGUCAACAACUGCAGACGGCACUGAAAAAGACGACUUGUUUUUUUUUUGUAUCUCUGCCUCUGUGAAGAUGUGAACUUAAAAAAAAAAUGGGAAGAAAUUGUAAAUGCACACUAUCCUGAAUCAAGACACAGGACACUGUGCACUCGAAACUUAAAAAAAAAAAAAUCACACAUGGACAGCGAACUAAUGUGUAAUCUAUUCGUAUACCAAUUGUCAAUCAAUAACUGAUACUAAAAUGGAUUUGUUUUGUUCGUUUUUAAUUUUGUAUUUUUUUUUUUCCGUUUACACUACACAACUACAAAACUUUAAUAGGAGAAAGAGGAAAAGGUCAGAUGUUUACACCCUUAUGAACAGCACGGUCUGCUUUUAGUACUGGGUAGUAAACUGAUUUGUCAGCUCAACGUUUUGGAACUCGUCCACUGGGAUGACCCGAGUUAGGUUCAUUCACAUUUUUCUCUUCAGCUUGGACACUGGUGAGCAGUUUUCUAGCGUGGACACACGAAUUGUAGAUCACAAAUGGCUCUGGGUUACACAAAAAGGAGAAAGAAAAAGAUUAGAAGAGAAACGAAGGGAGGGGUGGUCAGUCGGUAAUCUGAGCUUGAAUAGAUUGUGCACAAAAGAAAGAGAGCGAGAGAGGGAGAGAAAGACUGGGAGCUAUAGUACAAUAUGCAGCAGCUCCCCUGGUCCCCACGGCUCUGCAUUUGAGUUGCAAAGUGCCCGCUGCCUGUCCGUCUUUAUUGGAGCUGUUCAGGAGCAGGUGUUUCAUAUUGUGCUCCAAAUCUGACCCAAGUUCUUUUCUUUGGGAGUGCCCUUAUCGCACUCGCCGCUCAACCGUCCUCCUGCCUGGGCUCUAAUGACUACAACUGCUCGACUACACAGGCCCUUCCCAGAGCGCGCAUUGUUUUGUCGCAGUGGUGGGACGGUCCCUGGAGCGCUCAGACGUUGGCCUUUCCCAAUGAGGAGCUGAUAAUUAGUCAUGUGACAUGGACCAGGUGCAAGCUAGUGGCUAGUGGGCAGUUGAGAUAGAAGAGUGUGUGUGGGGAGGGGGGGGGGGAGGGGGGUGUUUGUAGUAAAUGUGGUCAAUGUGGAAGGUCUGGGCUGCAGUGGACACUGUGCAUGCAGCUGAAUGGUGCUCUAAACACCCACACAAAUAUACACACACCCCUCCGCCCCAACACCACUUCCUCACAGAAGAAGGGCUCGAAUAGGUACAGCUGGGGCCCCUCCCUUCAUCCUUCUCUUGCUCUGCUCUGCCUUUCCUUCUAUCUUGCUCUCUCUCUUUCUGUCUGUCGCUCACUCUCUCCCUCUCUCCCCUCCUUCUUCCUCCUCCCUCCUCUCUUUGCUCUCCUGCUCCUGUGAGCUUUAGUAUUCCCAUUGGAGAAAGGGGCCUCCUUUGUCCUGACAAAGAAAAAAAAAAUCCAAGAGCAGAUUUUAUUUCAAAGAGAGAGAGAGAGAGAGCCUAAAUCGAGGCUGGCCAACAGUUAGUCCACUUAUGUUGUUGUGUUAAAUUAAAUGUUUAAAUGUUCGCAGUUUCGUCCAAACUUAACGUGAGAACUAAAAAUUGUGUGGAAAGUUGGGAUUUAUUAGCAUUUAUUAGUUUUAUAAAACAGGGGAAGGAGAAGUAAGGUCAAAUGGGACAGUUAAGCUAUACAAUAUUUAAUAAAAAAAUUUAUUGCGUGAUGGAAAAAUAAUAUUUUGAUGUAGCUUCUCAGCUGUAAAACCACAAAAUAAAAAUGAACAUAUUUAAUAUUUUGAUCAAACAAAUUGAUAAAUUAUUUGAUCUGCCACAAUCUUCCCUUAAAUCACACUACUUUAAAAAACUAGACAUUCUAAGACAUUAUAGAGCUGAACAAUGUGAUAUUUAUUCACAUUGUGAUGAAUCCAUUAUUGUGAUAACACACUAAAAAUGGAUUACAGCAUGUUUUAUUUGAUGCAGUUCUAAAUUAAAAGUUUCAGUUUUAUACAAAUACAUUUGUUUAGAUUUUUUUAACCUGUUCCUUAAUUCACCCUUGAUUCACACUACUUCCAAACUAGACAUGUUAGGCAUUAUAUGGCGGGACAAUAUUAUGAUAUUUUAUCACAUUGUGAUAAAUUCAUUAUUGUGAUUUAAUAAUAUGCAUCUCUUCAGAAUAUUGGAUUGGAUGAAUUUCAUCAGCUGCAACUUGUAAAUUAAUCCUGUUUAAUUAAUUUAAAAAAAAAUUGCUGUAUUUUUUUUUUUUCAGAAUCAAAAAUUCACUACUAAUAUGGUCUUAAGUGAAACUUUAUUUAAAUAUCGUUACACACUUUUUUUUUACCACAUCGCUAAUCCCUUAUCUAUUAUCUAUUGUUUUUGUUUAUGUGUGUAAAUUAAUACCAACUUUAACUUUGCGUUUUUAGUUUGAGCAAAGUUUUCAUUACCCCAACGUUGUAAUUGGUAACAAAUGAACCAAUUUUUUAAACCUUUCAUUAAACACUAGUGUUCGGUUUAGUCUCUCUUUGAAAUAAAACCUGCUGUUGGAUUUUUUUUUCUUAUUAAUUCUCUUUUUGUCUCUUUUUCGAGUCCCUAAUGUGCGUGAGAGGGACUGCAAGUCGGUCAAAGUUUCCAUGGAGUUCCUAACAUAUGCGGGACAUCCUGCUGCUCCCCCCACCCCAGCCCCCCGAGACAGCCCCGCCAGCCAGAGGCCUCGGGCAGCCAAUAGGAGAGCGAUCCUGAACUCCGAAAUGAAAUCAGACAAUUGUAAUUGACACGAGAGCGAGGGGGGGAAACGCCCCAUUUAGCUGCUGCUCAGGCUGAAUCAAAUUACACACCCACCGCCUACCACAUAUCAGGCAAGGGGAUUUUGGCAGAGGAGAUUAGAGUGUUUGGGAGAUAGGGAAAGAGUCUCUCUUUUUCGCUCUUUUUUUCCUCCUCGAGAGGGCUGCUGCGAGCAAACGAAAGAAAGAAAGAAAGCAAGAGAGAAAGGAGCCACUGAAAAAUGUAGUCCAUCUGAAAUGGGUCAGUUUUGUCCCUUUGGAGACUCCAUGCGCCACCGCCACAUGUGUGGGACUGGUCGAAUGUUAGGGUAAGCUCACGAUUGUACCACCAAACAAUAGAGCAGAUGGUACGUUUUUUAUAUAUAUAUCCCUCACUGAUGAUACUCUCUCUGUUUAUAUUCAGUGAGGGGUUUGAUUAUUAUUAUUAUUUUUUUUGGGUAGAUAAGGAAUUUAAUAUUUGUGUAGUUCACAACUACGUACAAAUGUCCUUGAUUUUUGUUCCUGAAAGAAAAAAAAAAAUACUACAAAAUCGUCAAACUACAGAUUUGAACCUGUGCUUACAGUGCUACACUUGGGCUUGGACAUUUGAACUAAAACAAAAAUGAAAUUGAGAUUUUAGUGCACAAAGAGAUCCAUAUAAAGCUAUUAAAAGCACUUACGCUCCAACUACCCUUGUUUAACGUUUGGAUAAAGAGUGAAGCACCUUAUGUCGAGGCAAAUAGCAUGUCUGAAACCAAACAUAUUACUCAUAGUAGUUGAAGAACCAUCCUUUCUCAGCUUGAUUGAUUAAUGUAUAUUAAUGUUAUUGCUAUUAUCAUUAUUAUUAUUACUGUUAUAAGUAUUGAUGUUUACACUGUUACUUUUUUCAUUUUAUUUUUUAUAACUUUUGCACUGGUACAAACGAAAAAUGAAUGAAGAGUCUUUCAACAGAUCUCUCGUCUUUGAACGUAGAAUUUGGGUGACGCCGGCUCUCGUGUGCCGAGGUUUUUGUGUGCUUCAUUUGCAAACAGUGGCUUAUACUUUAAUUUAUUUGAUUUUUCUCGAACAUAAUACAACAAAGCAGCGCAUGCUUCACAUGUGUUCCAUUGUAACGAUUUCAUUAUUAAAUCAAUCCCAUUCUCUGAUCAAGAAAAAAAAAAAGAAACACAAAUGGAAUAUUUGGAGGAAUGUAUGUAUGCACAUCUGUAUGUGUAUUCUUUGAAGCCAAACACCUAAAAACGAUUAUGCAAAUCACAUUCGCUGGCUUGGACUUUUAGAAAACUGUGCCCAUGUAGAUAAAAAAAAAAGAAGAAGAAGAAAAAACAAGGUGUCACAAGCGUAUUCCUGGAUCUGUACAUUCAUCGAGUCAGGGAAUACACAAAGCAAUAACAAAGUAUAUAUUUGUUAUUUGUAACGUUACUAGAACAGCCUAGAACAACCUAAUGGGUAGCUCUUAAAAGCUGGAAAUGACGUCAGCGUUUUCAGCUUUUAGUUUUUUAAAGUGUCUCAUUCAGGCUUUCUUAUUUUGGUCAGGUUUUUUAUUUUUAUUUUUAAUUAUUAAUUUUUUUUUUAGCACAGAAAGGUCUGUGCAUUGUGACGGUUUAUUAUAAUCCCUGCAUUGUUACUGAUCUUGACAUACAGAACAAUGACGCAAAUGUUGAUGAUGAGAUGGAGCCCCCUUAAAGUGCAUAAUCUCUAAAGUAACGUUUCCUGUUUGACGAAUUAGAAAUGCAUAAUUCCAGGCAGCAGAACCUACCAGCAUUUUCAAGUUAGCACUACUUUCAGUAUGGUUUUAUUAGUACUCAGACUGAAUUAAUUCAGUAGAAUGUUUGUGGCAAGACAUGAACUCUGAAUUCACACUUCAACACAGAUAGUCAGUGCAUUUUUGUGUGGGAUGGAUUACAGCUAUAAUAUGAAAUAUAUAAAAUACAAUAUAAACUUUUUUUCCCAGCAAACAUGAACGUAUAACAACCGAGCCCAUCAUAGCAAGGUACAGGAGUCAGGUACACUUUUUUUUAACAGAGUAGCAUUUAUUUGCUAUUAAAUUUAAAAGAAUUGUAUUUACUCACAUAUACGAAGAUAAUAAGAUAUUAAAUGUGACUACCAUAGGCAUAUCUCGAGAAUAUAUUUCAGUAUUAUGAAAAUAUUUUAAAAGUUACUAAUGCUUCUGUUCGACAGUUUGUUUAUAUUAUUAUUAUCAUAGUAUAACUAGUUGUUAACCCAAUAGAAAGUUUUAAGUUAAAGUGUUUAUGGUAGCCAAAGAAUUGAGAAGAGAUUCAAAAGAUUUGUUUUAAGAAACGUACAGUUUAGAUAUUGCUAUAUAGCAUUAACGAGGCUGAAAGCCUUCUAAAUUAACAGAGAGAAAAGGUACUACUCAGAAAGUCCACUUAAAACAAGCCCAAGUUAUUCAUUUAUGUAUAUGUAAACCAUACCGAUCACAAAAUCGCAAUAAUGGUACACUAUUGUACACUAAUCACACUUCCGUCUUUCAACAUCAGUUUAUGUGGAUAGAAAACACACCUUAUUAUACUUAAUUAUCUACAUAAUUAGUUGUUUGUCUUAAAACUAUAUCUAGUACGACCGACAGUGUUGUAAAUGCAUAGCGGGCGCAGGUGUAAAAUGCUUAAAAUGAGAGUACAGAGCUGGAAAAGUGGUCCAAUUCAUAAUUUAAGGAUUUAAGAGGAAAGAUUUUAGUUUUAAAUGACAAUGUGUUUGUAUUUGUGAAGGUAAAUAUUAAGAAACACUGUGGUUUAUAGUAAGUACAUAGUGUUUUAUGGUUUGAUAAUUAAUCCCUUAGAUACAUAUUGGUUAUGCAUGCUGAUUAAUUAAAACAGAGCAUUUACCUAUUAUCCGUUAAAAAUGUGGAUAUAAAAAGAGCUACAUGUAAUACAGAGAGCUUUAGUAAUUACGUCAUCUAGUGUUUGAAAUGAUAAUAAUAAUAAUGUAUUAAUUUAUUUUGUUUCCCCAAAACCUUUUUUUUUUUAGUUUCUUCGCCAACUUAUAGUAUAUAAUGCACAAUUACCUAAAAUGAAACUUUAAAUGACUGUCACAAUGAUGUUUUUUUAUAAGGGUACAAUCUAACUUUUUGUAUAGUGUUAUAGUGUUAAUAUUUACAAUUUAUUUAUUGAUUGAUUGAUUGAUUGAUUGAUUUAGUAGCUCAAGAAACCCCUACUUUUACAUAAUCCAGUUAGCAGGGCUCGAGGCAUUUAUCUAUUAUCUAUAUACACACACACACACACAUCAGCAUUCGUAUUGUCAAGUGAAAAGAUGAGACGAGAUGUACAUAAUGCACUAAAUAAAGCAAUUCUAAUGCCUUUUCUUCAAUAUAGAUGGCCAAUGCAUUUUGAAUGUAAAAAAAAAAAAAAUAAUAAGAAAGACCACCCAAUCAGUGUAUAAUUUUUUGCCUUUUUGACCAUCAGUCAAAGACUAAAGCUUUAUGUUUUUGAUGCCAUGGUUUAGAGAAACUAGUUGCUCCACCCACCUCUGUUUAGAUUCUCACUGUAGAAAGCAACUAAAGAAGAAAAUAGAAAAGAAGUCUUAUAGCAUUUUCGUAAGAUUCUAUUUUGCUAACACGGGUUAUUAUUUCAUAGAGAGAGGGAGAGGUCAGUAUCUGGAUGUUAUUUAUGAAUAUCUUAAAUGAAGCAAACCUAUUUAUAAGUAACUUCAAGACAUUUUGUUUUUUUUUAUUACAAAGUAAAAUUUAAUAUAUUUCUAAAAAAAAAACACAUGAAGUUGAUUUCUACUAAAAUGAUUAAAACUAUAGAAUUUUUAUUUAUAAAAGUUAGAUAAGUCCUUCAUACUUCUAACAGUGUAAAAUGAGGUGGUCGGUGUGGGCUUUCAAAGGCUUAUAUUUUAACUUCAGAGGUGCACGGUUUUAGAGAAAGACGUGCAUUAACAGUGGAAUAAUUUCUUCAGGAAAAAAAAAAUAAUUAAAUAUUUUUUAGGAUUAGGAGGUAUUUUAGUCACUUCGAGUUUGUGCCUCAAAAAAAUCACAUUUUUGCAUUGUACCGACACUUGGCAAAAGUGUUGCUGCUUGCAUGUCCUUUAACUAACCCCAUACACACUGCUGACUGAAUACAGAACCCUUUUCUCCCUAAUUUUUUGCUUUUUAUAUUUAUAAAUAUAUAUAUAUUACAAAAGAGUACAUUUUCAUUUGAUUUAAUAAUUUCUUUUUUUUUUUUUUAAUGCUUCAUCUGUGUUUUGACUGCAGUGAAGUGAAGUUAAGUUAAAUCAAGUGAAGUGAACGGGCAUCCCAGAGGUGCCUAGAAUGGAGAAGCAGGCGUAUAAUUGUGCAUAUACACAUUUUCUUUUUUCUGGUUUUGUUUUUCGUUCGAGCCUAAAUCUACUACAUAAAGAGCCGGAGAAGUGUACACAGGAGGUGUACGAACAAUCCGAUCCAGUGUCACAGAAGUGAACCGAAGUUAAUAGAAGUGAAUAGUCUUUUUCUAUUAAGUAAGAUUUGUAAAUUGAAUGUAGUAGAUCUAUGCUGGGGCAGCACACACAGAACACAAAACAAGACACUCUCAACACUCAAACCAUCAUAGUUCAUAAUACUUCAUAAUACAGUAGUACAGUAAAUACAGUACAAUACAAUGCAUGUAUCUUAUAUCAUCAUCAUCAUCAAUAUCACCAGGCCUGGUGGGACGCAGUACUGAAGAUGUUAAGUUGCGUACAAGUGGGAGGGGGGGGCUUUUGUGUACACUACACACACUGAAGGGCUGAAGCUUAUUUCUUCUUUUUUCCGCUUGUAGAUUUUCGUACCAUCACUUGGAAUUCUAGCGUAACGUUUAACACGUAAACGGUGGCUUGUCGAUUUCAAGCUCGUGCCGAACAGGACGGUCCUCAGCUCUUAACAGCUCUAUCUAUGGUGAAAGUGUAUCUCAACUGUUUUGACUUCGUAAUGGCAAAGGUAACUGUGUAGCGUGGUAUGUUUUUCAGUAUGAUAGGGACACAAAAAGGGGGCUCUAGGGGUGAUCAUUUUCUUGGUCUUGCUUUUGAUGGGUAACUCCGGUCCAACGGUCUGUCUUUGGUAGCUUUCAGAAUCUUCCAACACAGUAGAAGUGUUUCAUAUAAUAAAAAACUCAUGUAGUGGUCUUAGUGCAUUAGUUUGGACCAGCAUCUCCUGCUGUUAGUGUUUGGUUUCUCGAUUGUGAGUGAGAAGGGUUUGCCAUACCAUAGUCUUUGGCUAGCCGAUACUUUCAGAAGUCUUCUUUUUUAAAUACUUUUGUCAUUCAGUGUCGUGCCCACACGAGGCAUUACGGAAAAAUUGCAGGUUGAUUUCUUAGCACAUGUUCUUUGUGAGUUUCCAUUUUUUGAUAUUUGAUCAAUGUAUCUAUGCCAUACUAGUUUUGAUUUCGGGUUAUUUUCAAAUUUCAAAUGUAUUGUAAAUGUUUCUAAUAAAACAAAUUUAAUAAUC